UGCGAAUCGACCCACACACAUAAUUAAACAAAAGGUCAGACGGGCGGUCAGCUCUCUUUCGAAUUUGAAUUAUCUUGUUUUUCGCUAUUGAUGGUUUUUUAAAUUUCUUUACCUCGAACAAUGAUAACCUUGAACACGACGAAUCCUUUUAAAAGAGUUUGGAUCUCAAGAAGAAUUCACAUAAUCUUUCACAUCACCAGUGAGUGCUAUUAGUUAGCCAACCAACCUAUCUAUCGACUAAAAAAAAUGAAGACUAUGAUUUUGUUAGGCAUGUUGAUUAAUGCAAUCACAUGGAACGUUGUAUAUACCCAAUCUAACAAUUCUGCACCAAGUCUCGAAAGUCUCGUUUCGUUUGUUACCACAAUUGAUAAACAUCCUUAUCAAGCGUCCAUACAAUAUAGCGGAAGACAUAUUUGUAGCGGAGCAAUCGUUUCAAGUCAAUACAUUUUGACUGCAGGUCAAUGUAUUGUACGGAGAUCUCUUGAUCUGUUGAGUGUUCGCGUCGGUUCGACCGAAAACAAUCGCGAUGGACGAGUAGUUUCCGUUAGUUCAAUCAACAUAAAUCCCGAUUAUAGUCCGAGAACGCUUGACUAUGAUAUUGCCAUUUUAAAACUAGCAUCGUUCCUCGUCUUUUCCAAUACGAUCAAAUCAAUUGACAUGCUUGCUGCCGGUGAGGAUGUGGAACCGUUGACUGACGUCAUCGCGACAGGCUGGAAUAGUGCGACCCAUGACAAUUUAAGCUCUACUGAAUUAGUUAUCGUUUCGGAAAAGGAAUGUCGUCGUUUGUACGGAUUAAAUGGCAUCACGCCAAAUAUGAUAUGUGCAGGGGGUGGAACCGACGGAAUUACCGGUGGCGAAGAUACUUGUCUCAUUGAACCAGGUACGGUGCUGGUUAUGGAGAAAACCACUAAAGAUUCAGCUGGAGUAACGUCUGUCAAACCGAUAUUAAUUGGCUUAGGUUCUUGGGGAUACGGAUGUUUUCGUCCGCAACAUCCAAAUGUUUACGCAUCAAUUUCCAAAAAUCGAGAAUUUAUUGACAAAACCAUAUCUUAAAGAGAAUGCAAUCUAAUCCAUUUUUAUUAUUGUUGAUAUCGUGAAAUAAAUAUCAUGUUUCUUGAAAAAAGAAAUAAACCAUCUUUCUUGAAUUCUA